AUGGCAGAACCUGACUCCGAUCAAGAAGAAUCAUUAGGUACUGGGAACAAUGACCUAGAGGUGUUCUUGGACAAAUUGGUACCGAGCAACGACUUCCAUCCUCAAGCAUUGGUUGAACCCAAGUCAGCAUACGAGUUACUAGAUGAGGCACCUAACGGUAGAAAACUGAUGAACUAUUUAUUCCACUCGGCCAAGGAUGACGAUUGUCGAAGUAGUGAAUUGCAAAGGAUAACAUCGUCGAUAGCUGAAAAAUGGUUUGAAGAAGAGCGAAGAUCCAGUACACAACUCACACCAGCUGCUCUUCAAUUGGAUGCACCAGUGAUAUUUUCAUGGAGUAAAAAAGCUUCUGGAACAAGGAGCAACCCAACCGUGGAUCGUAAGACAAAUCCUGUGGGCGAGACUACCAACCAGAUAUUGUUCAAGUCGAUCUCUUCGAGACUGAGUGAGAUUGCCAAGCACAGGGAAGAUAUAAGAGGAGCUGCGAAAGAGGCUCACGAAGCUAUAGAUCCGGAAAGUUCACUACGCAAGCAACAGUGGGCAGUUUCGGAGUUCCAUGUUGAUCCACUGCAGCCAUUUGUAGCUCGAGCAUUACCUCGAGAAUCUAAAAAGGAGAAUACAAGCAAGAAGAAGGCCAAGAGGCGAAGUAUACUCAAUUUCUGGGGUCUCAAUACGGAAAGUAAGCGAAAAGAGAAGCUCAAAGUAACUAAAGAAGAUGUAGUGGAAAAGCCGCAGGAUAACGGCCCUACUGCUAAUGAAAUGUCAGAACUAGUGGAAAGUCCAACUGAGAAGCGGACCCAGGAGGUAACGCCAACUUUGCUCGAUCAGCCGGUUUCCCUAUCAUCGCCAGCCAGUGCGAUGAGCAUGAGCUCGUUCGUCCCAUUGCAGCCAAAGAAGAAGUAG